CCAGAAUCAAAAUUCCAGAAAUGUCCAAAACCAGAACCACACUUUCUUCCGCUUCAAGCCAAACGGCGCCUAUUUGCCCUUGUCACUCUCCCUCAUCACCCAGAGGAAGAAGAUAGAACUGUUCUACGAAGACGAGCUGAAUUGAAGAAAAAAUAAAUCGAAAAUGGUUGGUGCUAAUCUGAAAGCAGAGACGUUGAAGUCGAUGGAGAAGAGAAGCGCGAUUGAAGCCGAGAUGAACGCCAUCAUCGAGAAUCUCUGUCAACCCGGCGGACCUGGUCUCUCCGGAAACCUUGUCGAUUCUGAGGGUUUUCCUCGAGCUGAUAUUGACAUUCCUGUUGUGCGAGCUGAACGACGUCGUCUUGCUGAGCUGAAGUUUGAUCACAAUGAAAUUACUGAGAAAAUAAAUGCAAAUAUUCAAGUGUUACAUUCGUCAAGGCAUGCUCCUACAUCUUUAUCCUCCAAAGAUUCAGGUGUUAAUUUGGGGUCAAAUAAUCAAAGUGCAUCAGUUGCCAAUGCCAUUGCAUCUGUAUCCUUGCAUGAUGCCAUUUCAAGAGAUUCCUCCAGUUCCAAUGUUGUGGAUGCCAUUUCUAGUAUACCCUUUGCAAUGGUUGAUGAAAUAGCUGAUGCAUCACCAGCAGCAGAGGAUGGUUUACAGCUAGGAGAUCAGAUUGUAGAAUUUGGUAAUGUUAAAGCCGGAGAUAAUUUGCUACAGAUGCUUGCUGCUGAAGUUCAGGCAAAUCAGGGUCAAGGAAUAGCUAUUUUAGUUCUGAGGCAAGGUGCUCCAGUCAACUUAACAGUAACUCCCAGAACAUGGCAAGGGAGGGGUUUGCUAGGGUGCCAUUUUCGGAUCAUUUAAUUCAGCAAUGGACCAGAACAUGGCAAGGUGUUUGUUGGUUCUUAUUUCUGUUAGUCAUGAGACAGUGGCUGGGUAUGCAUGUUAGAGUUGGAACAUUUGCCUUUCCCUCUACAAAAAAAUACUGUGGACAGAAAUGGAGUUUUUGUUGUUGCAAACGAACUUUGAAUAUUAGUUACCUUCUCUAUGCAAUCUCCCUCUGAGCGUGUGGGUGUGUGUUGAUGAGGUCCAUCUGUUGCUAGGUGUUUUCCAGGGUCUCAUUCGCAUUGAGAAACUAUAGCCAUUACUUAAUGCUUCAAUGUUUGAGAAAGGAGCCAAACCAAGCAAGAUCAAGAGAGCAUUCAAAUUUAGUUCUGGAAUGAGCAGGUACAGUUGUGAUAUAUAUGUAUAUAUAUAUAUAUAUAUAUUUUUUUUUUCCUUCUUCUUCUUCUUCUUCUUCUUUUUCAUAUCAAGAAUGAAGUCUCCCUCUGCUUGAUGGAAUACUGAACCCGUAAAAGAGGUCUGCGAGGAAGGGAAAGGUGAAGCUUGUUGUUGCUAGGGCAAAUUGGCAGUGUAAAUACUAAAUACAGAAACGCUGCAUGUGUUGGUAACAAUUGAACAUGGCUAACAUUACCUGCUCAUAAUUUUGUUGGGCAGUAGACAGGAAAAUUAAUACAAUGUCUUCAUUUCC